CUAAUAAUAUUUGCAGUAAUAUAAAUGUCUUCGACCUAUCUGUCGUAUAGAUGUGCGUUCUGAUAUUUAGCAAUCAAUUUAGUUCUUGAUAAAAGCCGGCGUUAUUCAAAAAAGUUAUGCUUGGUUCUCUUCCUCUACCUUUUAUUUAUUUACUUAUUUUAUUAUUAAAAAUUAUGAAGAGAGAAACACCCCAAAUUUUUUUUUUUUUUUUACAUAUAGGACCAAAAGUUCAACUUAGCCACUGACUUUCCAAAUUAUGUUACACACCAUGUCGAAAAGUACAAGCUUGAGAAUAAACUUCAAACCCUUACACAAUUCGAAAGAUUCUUCGGUGAUUGCUAGAGAGCUCACACACAUGUCCUUCAUCGUCGUUAUCGAUUGUUUCAGAUACAGGCAUAGUUGAAUGGCAAACAGUUUGUGAAUUAAGAAAGUAAAUUGGAAAUACUGUGUAUUUCAUAUUAAGAAAAUAAGGAAUCGUAUCUCAUAUUAGAUGUCAUAUCAUUUUGGUGAAUGCACAGUUAUACAGCAUGCCUAGUUAUUACUUUCAUAAUAUUUGUUUGUUUUCUGUGUGAUAUCUGCAGAAGCAUGUCUAGGUUUGGAAAAGUAUUCAGUUCUGUGAAAUGUGCUGUUAUUGGAAUGAUUCAUGUUCAGGCAUUGCCAGCUAUUGCAUUUGAUGUUCAUCUGAAUCAGUAUCUUAAAGGACCUUCACCUAAGUGCCAGAAAAUGGAAUCAAUUACUGCAUAAGCUCAGAAUUCACAUUCUUUAUGGAGAUAAGGCAUACAUUCUUCAAAUCAGGUUUAUUAUUUUUGCUUAUGAAUAUUAGAUCAUUGUGACUGCAUUCAAGGCAUUGAAGUUCUUCACUAUCAGUUCUGCAUUUUCUUUUAUGGCUGCAUUUGAUAUGGUGAAAGAACAUCAUGCCUAAUAUGCUAAUAGUACUCCAAUGUCAAAGUAUUCUGUUCAGCAGAUUGUUGAGUAUGCAUGCAAUGAAGCAAUAGUCUAUGGAAAAUGUGGAGUGGAUGGCCUGAUUGUAGAAAAUAUGUUUGAUGUACCUUAUGUUUCUGGUAAUCAAGUAGGACAUGAAGUGACAGCAGUGAUGACUCGUGUGUGCACCGAAGUGAAAAAGACCAUUGGUAAAAUGCCUUGUGGUGUACAGAUUUUAUCAGGAAAUAAUAUUGCAGCUACUGCUGUGGCUUUAGCUGCAGGUUUACAGUUUGCACGUAUAGAAGGAUUUGUUUUUGCUCAUGUAGCUGAUGAAGGUUUAAUGGAAGCAUGUGCUGGUCCUUUGUUACGAUAUGCAAGAAAUAUUGGAGCUAGAGAUAUAUUAUAUUUAUGUGAUAUAAAAAAGAAACAUUGCUCUCAUGCAAUAACAAGCGACUUGACAAUAUCGCAAACAGCAAGAGCUGCAGAAUUUUUCUUAAGUGAUGGAGUUAUACUAACUGGGAUGGAAACUGGAAAUCCACCAGAUGUAAAAGAUUUAGAAGGUGUUAAAACUGCAACGAGUUUGCCUGUGCUAAUUGGGUCAGGAAUGACGAUUGAAAAUGUAAAAAUGUAUGCCAAAGCAGAUGGUUUUAUUGUAGGAUCACAUUUUAAGCAUAAUGGACACUGGUCAGGACAAGCAGAUAGUGAUAAAAUAUUAAAGUUUAUGGAAACAGUAUCUGCUAUUAGAUGAUCCUACUGUUAUAUAUGCAAGUUUUUGAAUUUGUUUGACUAAAACUUUGCUUUACAUACAUAUGCAUUGCAUAAAAUCAUUAAGAUAUUGAAAUUAAUAAAUUUACAUAAAAUUUAUACCAAUCAAAAAUUGUAUCCCAGUUUUAUGCUUUUUCCAUAUAAAAAUUAAUGAUUAAGGUCUACUAAAAUAAGCAUCAUGUAAAAAGUAUACUUAAGAAAAUAAAAUUUCAGAAAUAUUAGCUUGUGUUAGAAUUCGUAAUGCCUGCCCGAACAUUUUAAUUAAUAUUAGUAAUUUUUAUGAUUAUUUUGACUAAUUUUUCUGUACAAUUAUCCCAUUGAAUUUUUUUCUUAUAAAAAUUUAAGCUUUACAUUUUUACUAAUAAGUAUUAUAUUACUACAAUCUGAAGUUCUACCUAUAUAGCCAAAGUGUUAGUAUUUUAGCUAUACACAACUCUGUUUCAUUAAAUGUAACCCAUGUUGCAACAAGCAAUAUUUUCUUUUUGAAAAAUUAUAAUUAUUUUUUCCAGCAGAUAUUGUGAAAUAUCACUAUCAGUGAUUUUUUAAAAUUGCAUUAUAUGUGUAAUACUUUCAAAGCACAUACAAAUCAUGAAAAUAAUAUGAAAAAGAUGAAUAGUUCUAUUUCUGCAACUUCUGGCUAUGUGUACGUUAUUUGUAAAAUAGAUACUGGUUACUGGAAGAACAGGGAGGAAAAAUAAUGCUUUUAUUGAUGAUACUUCAAAUUUUAUUUGAAUGGCAAGCUCUUGUACAAUGUACACUAGGUGAAAAAAAGGUAUUUGAUGAUUCACAUCUAAAAAACUAUUUAAAUAAUAUGAGGGUAGUUUUUAUCCGAUAUGUUGUUCACAAGAACAACUGCUUAUGAAAAAUUAUAUUUUAUUCACGUAUUUUGAUAAGCUGAUGUUUAUGAUAAUUAAAAUAAUUUUAUCUUGAUUUCAGUUUCUUUGUAACACAUGCUGUUCUAUCACAUUCAUUUUUAUUCUUUUCAGAGGAAUGCGAGUUAAGAUUCUGUUUUUCAGAGUAUUACAUUAUUCUUCAUAACAAUGAAGACUUUCAUUUAAAUUAAUUCCUGUUAAAACUAUUUGGCAGUUAUAAUCAGAUAAAAUACUUCAUUUUUUUUGCGAGAAAAAUAAUUUAAUAAACCAAAGAAGAUGUGUUUCUUAGGGACAAUCAACAAGUAUUUAUGUAUAUAAAUAACUAUAGUAAUUGAAAAAUAAAACAAAUCCAUAUUAAUGCUGUUAAAAUGAAUUAUUGUGAUUAGAAACUCAUAUACUGUUUUUUAAAAUGGCAUAAUUAUCUAGUUACAUUUUCUUAUUAAAUUUAGUUGUGACCUCUAAUAUAUUUUUGAAUCUAACAUGGGGCUACUUAUAUUGUGACAUCUUGCUAUUCAUACUCUAUUUGACAUGAUUUAUUCUCUGCACCGAAGGUCCACCAGCAGCUGAGCAGUAAAAUUGCUGAAUGCUGGCAGUUCGGUCCAGGGUUCAAAAUAAGUCAAACUCAAUAUGACUGGUUUGUAUUAAAAUGAAUUAUUGUGAUUAGAAACUCAUAUACUGUUUUUUAAAAUGGCAUAAUUAUCUAUUUACAUUUUCUUAUUAAAUUUAGUUGUGACCUCUAGUAUAUUUUGAAUCUAACUUGGGGCUGCUUAUAUUGUGACAUCUUGCUAUUCAUAUUCUAUUUGACAUGAUUUUUUUACUAUAUUCUGUGUAUAUUUUAACAUUGUAUUAUAAAAAGAGGAAAAAAAAGAUUUUGUCUGCUGAUUACUUCAUAUGUAUUACAUAUACGUCUGAUAUAAAUAAAACUGUUCUAUCUUCU